AUGGCUCCAUUUGACCCCAGGCUUGGAGGUGCAAAGCCUGUACCUGAUGGAGGCCAACACCUGGAGGGCAUCCAGAUGUACCAGGCCACAUCCACACCUCUGCAGGUGAAGUUCCUAAGCACCCAAGUGCGGUCAGAUAUACUCUCCCGAGGUAUGGGCACUACUGGGGAGCUGAGCACAGCUGUGACCUUUCACCUGCAGCACCAGGCCCAGGUGGCCUGUGUGGCUGUCACAGCUGCCAUGCAUCUUCUCUUUCUGGUUUCCUUCUCCUGGAUGCAAAUGGAGGGACUACUGCUAUGGAGCAAGGUGGUAGCUGUGAGUAUGUGCCCGGGCCCCAGGAUGAGGCUGCUCAACCUUGGUGGCAUGGCCUAAGGCCAUUUUCUCCUUCCUGUGGCCAUUGUGGCCAUCACCCUAGCACUGUACCCCCAUGACUUUGGACACUGGUGGCUCAAUGUGCACACAGAUGCCAUCUGGGCCUUUCUGGAGCCUGUGCUAUUCAACCUCCAUGCCAACACCUGCAUCCUGGUCCAAGUGGUGAUGGUCACUGUGUCCAGCACCCACCACCAUGCACACAUGCUAAACCCACAGCCUGGCAUGCAGCAGAAGAUCAGGUUCCAGAUGUGGGCCAUGGUGAAGCUGGUGUUGGCCCUGCUAACUGCCCUGGGCCUGACUUGGCUGGUUGGCCUCCUAGUGCAUCUUAGCCCAACCUGGGCCUCUGCUGCUGUGGGCCUCAAUUCCUUCCAGGUAUUUCUAGGCCCUGGCCAUGUAGAAUGGGGCUUUGGCACACUGCAACUCAAGGUAUGUGGUUAG